AUGAGCCAGGAUAGAAUAGAGAUUAUAGCACAGCCUACAGAGCAUCAAGAUAGGUCACAGUCCGUUGAGGAAUCAACCAAAGCCAAGCUAGAAGAGCUUGUGGCCAAACAUCCUAUUUUACCCCCUGAAAUGGACGAUUCUAUCGAAGAUCCAGAACUGGUUGAAAAAGCAGCAGCAGAGGAUCUACAGCGUUCGCAGCAUACCGUGCAUAGUGGUGAAGAGCGCAAAGAGCGCAAAGAGCACGAACAAAAGAGACAAGAGCAGCUAAAGGCUCGAGAUGGCGAUGUCGUGUUGAGUGAUGAUAGCAGUGACGAUGGCAGUGAUGGGGAGGGUGAAGGUGAGAAUGAGCCUGAGUUGGACCAGGAUGGAUUAGAGAUUCCCCAGGGUAAAAUUCCGUUGGAUAGUCAAUUUUCGACAGAGGAACUAAAGCAUCUUUUGGAAGUGUGUAAAGAAAGUGGAGUUGUUAAGGAGGAUGUUGGCAUAAAAGUGAUUGAAGAAGGUGAGUUGGGAGAUAGGAUACGAAUAGCUGAUGGUGUAGAGAGCUCUGCCCAACAGUAG